UUAAAGAGUGUGCUUUAUUAGUGUUUUGUGCUGUUUUUUGUUUCCUAAGAAAAAAGCAUUAUUCUUUCGAUCUUUCUGGAGUCACAUUCAUUAAAGAUCGAUCUUCGACCUUCGACUAAAGUUCCUUCCACACCUACAGAGAUGUCAGAGAACAGCUCCAGUCCAGAUGAUCCAGUGAUCCGGAUUCUUCUGAUGGGCAGAUAUGGUUCUGGGGCAAGCUCAUCUGGAAACACUAUAGUGGGGGACAAGAGGUUUAAAAUUAAGAAGCAUGAGUCUGAAGUUUGUGAGGCUAAAACACAGAUUGGAGAGAAGCAGGUGCAUGUGAUUAUUUCUUCAGAUCCACUGGAUCCAGAUCUGUCUGAAGAGCAGCUGGAAGAAAUGAAUGUGGAUCUGGUCAAACAAUGUUCAGCAGGUCUCAGUGCGGUUCUGCUCACUGUUCCUCUAGAGGACCCUGUGGAAAAUGAGGAAGAGUUGCUGUAUUUUAUUAAGUGUUUAUUAGGUGCUGAAGUUCAGAAGUACAUCAUGAUUCUGUUCACACGUGAAGAUCUGCUGGAGGAACUGGAUGAACCGCAGACCAUUGAUGAAUAUCUACAAAACCAUGCAGAUCUCCAGCAGCUGGUGACUGAAUGUGGAGGAAAGUUUCACUGUUUCAAUAACAAGAGCAAAUCAGACAAUCAGAAACAAGAACUACUGCAGAAGAUUGAAGGAAUGAUGAUAAAGAACGGAGGGAAAUUCAUUGUGGAAGGGAUGAAGAGGAAUGACAGCAAAAGAGACCCUCCUGUCUUUUUUUCAGGAAAGUCUCCAGCUAAAGAUCCAGAUGAGCUUCACAUGAUUCCUGAGAGAAAAGACCAGAUCAGGCUGGUUCUGCUGGGAAAAACUGGAUGUGGGAAAAGUGCCACUGGAAACACCAUCAUUGGCAGAAAUGUGUUCAAAUAUUCAGCAGGUUCAAACUCUCAGACGAAACAGUGUCAGUCAGAAACUACAGUGAGGUUUGAUAAAGAGAUCACAGUGAUCGACACACCUGGACUUUAUGAUAAUGUACUCAGUGAAGAUGAGAUUAAAUCUGAAAUAGUGAAAUGUGUAACACACGCUUCUCCUGGACCACAUGCUUUUAUUAUCAUCAUUAGAGUGGGUCGAUUCACUGAGGAGGAAAAAAAUACAGUGCAACAUCUCAAAGAUGUGCUUGGAAAACAGAUACUAAAAUACACCAUGAUCCUCUUCACUUACAAAGAUCAGUUAGAGGAGGAACAUAAAACCACUGAGGAGUUUAUACAGUAUGGUAAUCCAGAUCUUAAAAAGCUUGUACAAAGUUGUGGAAACCGAUUCUUCUUUCUGGACAACAAGUCUCCCAGUUUCCCACAGUUCAAAGAUCUGAUCAGUAAAAUAGAGACGAUGAUAGAAGAGAACGGAGGGACACACUUCACCAAUGACAUAUUUGAGAGAACAGAGAAACGCAUUCAGGAGAAACUGGAUGAGAAAAUGAAGCAGUACAAACAGGAGCACAAACGCCUUACUAAAACCGAAUGGAAGAAAACAUACUGGAGUUUAGUUGAGGAGUCACGACGAGAAGUUGAGCGAUCUUUUUCUGACAUUUCCACUUCAAAUCUGCAACACCGGGGGAAGAGCCUAACAAUGACCAGUCAGGAGGGAAUAAGUGCCAAAAAGGGAGCUGAGAGCAAAGGAACUAAUCGUUUUAUGGCAGCUAUGCUUUCUAUCAGACAGAAGAUGUGUGUGAUUCAGUGAAAAACCACGAUGAUCAGACACACAGUAUGCUAGAGGCUCAAUCCAUCUCAAAUGGUCCAGUGGAGGAGGUUACUUGACAUUGUCGAUUUUUCUCUUUUUUUAGUUUUAUGCUUUACCUGUAUGUAUUUGUAUUGCAAAACCACCAGUUGUUUUUUUUUUUUUACUUUGUUUAACCACAGCAGCAGUCUUUUUUCACCUUUAGUUUUAGCACUUUAUACAAUACUGAUUAUUUCAAAGUAGCUUCACAGUAAUAAAUAGAAAAAUAACAGAAUCAAUAAUGCAAAAUUUCAAUUUAAUGCAAAAAAUCAAUUCAAAUUCUGCUGUAAAGACAAUUGUGUUAUUAUUCUGAUCAAUUUGUUAUUUUCUGCUCUGGCCUAAUCAUGCAUGGUGCUCCACAAAUUUUGGUUAUAUGAAUAUGUACAUAAACCUGAAUAUCUCGGAUCAGGAUGGUUGUAGCUUCCAGAAACUAAUCUUUAGAAACUUUCUAAAACUUUCUUAAUUUCUUAAAUUAAACUUUCUUAAUCUCAUAAACUUUCAAGCAAUCAACUUUACAAAAUGUGGACUACUUGAGAGAAACUCUUUUAUGAUGGAUCUCAAUACUGAUUCACUUUGGUUUCUCCAGUUGUGCGGAAGUGAGUCAAACACAUAAAACCACUUCAAUCAGAGCUGCAUGCUUUUAUUAUCGUCAUUAAGGUGGAUCGAUUCACUGAGGAGGAGAAAUACAGCUUAAAGAAAUGUUUGGAGACCAUGAACCUACAGAACUUUAAUCAAGAUCUUCAAUCCCUCAUAAGCAUUUGCAGAAAACGAUUAUUCUGUCUGGACAAAAAGUCUGCCAGUUUCCCACAGUUCAAUGAUCUGAUCAGUAAAAUAGAAAUGAUGGUAGAAUAAAUUGUAGGGAUGUACACGUUAAUGAAGCAAAUAAAUAAUUCAGGAGAUUCAGAAGAAGAAAGUGGAUGAGGAAGCAGUUAGGCUUAGUAGGAGAGUCUCGAUGUGUAGAGGAGCACUUGAUCAUGACUGAUGAAAUCCUAAUAGCUAGAGUUAAAGGAGGUAGCAGAUGAGUAAGAGCACCAGAUCAGCUUGCCACCAGAAGUACAGAGUAACAAACAAAACAGAAGAUGUGAGUGAUUCAGUGAAAGACAAGGAUCAGACACACAAGACACUGGACAAAUUAAACAUUGUAUGUUUUCUUCUUCAACUAUAUUGUUCACAAGGAAAAGUUGAAAGAUACUUUACUGGCAUUAAUUGCUUAUAAUGUUCUGAAUCCAUUCAGAUGUAAUGCAACAAAAAACAAUAAGUUUUGAAAUCAUUGUAUAUAUGAAAAAUAAAAUGUAACACAUGAACAAAAAUGACUUAAAAUCUACAAAUAUUUCUUCCUUAAUAAGUUAGUUCAACUGGCCAAUUAUGUGUCCGACUUGAGAGCACAGAUCAAGUUCGCAUUUUAUUUCCUAUCAGAAAUCUUCAUUACACAAAGCCCUAUAAAUUCCAACACCCAAGAAAGUUGUAGAUGUUUAUAGCUGAAUGAGGGUCUUUAAGUCUGGAAAAAAGUUGCCUCUUGGCAGUUGCAAAUAAAAGAGGACUGGGGAAAUGAUCUUGAGCAAUGUGCAGGAUCUGAGAAAAAAAAUAGAGAAACUGUGCACAACUUGCAGGAUUUGUUAAGAAUACUCCAAGUCCUGCUUGAUGGUGGUUACAGAGACCUGUCUGCACUAUAUUGUCCCCCAACUGGUAGAACUUGGGUUUUCCCAGACCGGGAUGAGAUUUCAGGGAAGACAAGGUAGGGUUGUUUGUGUCUAUAUCAGAGAAGGAUAGUGAGAGGGUCAUUAUGGAAUUACUUUUUAUCACCGAGGCCUUUUUAUCUUGUGCAGUAUAUGUUCAGAGAGGGAAUGCGUUCACAAAUAACUUAAUGCCACAAUAUGUACAAUGUACCAUACAAUGUACCAUACAACAUAUUUUACAAUUAAUUACGUCAUUUAGCAACACAAGUCAUCCAGCUUUUAUUAAUAUAUCCUUAUAUCGUUCUACCUGACUGUAGUGUGCAACAAGUGUCUCAUACCAGCCACCAAGUGAACACACAGUAAUGUUAACAACUUUCAACAUACUCAAUUGUAUUUUUAGUAUUUAUUAUUUUAUUUUAGUAUGAUUGUUUUGACCAAGUAAAACAGUGCUGCAUUACCCCACAAUUUUAAUUUGUUAAAUAAAGUGAUCUGUAUUAGUAAUUCAGCUCAUGCGGCUGUUUCAUUAGAAUGAAAUAAAAUAAUGUGAAUUUAAAUGAGUCUU